CCUGAGCGCGGGGGGCCGCUGGAAGGCUGCGGAAGGGCUGCGCGCCGCCUCGGCCGAGCCGCAGGUGGGGCGGGGAGCGGCCGUUCCCCCGUCCCGGAGGGAGCUGCGAUGAGGGAGCGGGCGGCGGCGAGAAGCGGCGGCGGGCGGGAGGCGGAGCUGCCGGAGCUGCCCGGCCGCGGCGCCGAGGAGCGGGCGAUGGACGGCACCGGCGAGGCGGAUCUGUCCCCCGACGGGGCGGCGGCGCGGUGGAAGAGGAGGUCGACCCCGCGGCCGGUGCCCCGCGCCUGGAGCAAACCGCGGCCCCAGUCGUACCAGAGCGCCAACGGGCUGCUCGUCACCGACUUCCCCGUGGAGGACAGGUGCGUGUUCACCGUGACGCAGCCCGCCGGCAGCGUCAGCACUCGCCCGGGCGGCCCCGCGGGUCUCAGCGCCGGCACGGCACCGGUGUCCAACGGGAAAGUGCGGCGCCCGGCCUCCAAGGCGGCCUCCCCCGAGCUGCCUCCGGAGCCGUCCCCGCCGCCGCUCGCUCUGGUUUCCAACAGCUCUGUCGGGUUUACCGCGAACGGCGCGGCUGGCUCCCCGGGCGGCCCGCUGCGCCGGCCCCUGAGGAUAUCCAGCCCGUCGGCGCUCUCGCCGCAGCAGGAGCGGAUUGUUUUUACAGCCAGCCCUCAGCCCUCCCCUUCCCCCGGCGGCGGCAGCGCGGCUGCACAGCCUUUGCGAUGCGGACGGGUUUCCAAAACAGCCGACGGCGUGCCGCUGGGCCCCCCCGAGGUUUCCCGGGAGAUGUCCCCGGAGCCAGCCGUGACUCCGCAGAAGCCGGCGGCUCCUCAGGACCAGCCCGUGGUCCUGAGCACCAACAGCCCCGCCGCUCUCAAAGUGGGCACGCAGCAGAUCAUCCCCAAGAGCCUGGCUUCUGAAAUAAAAGUGGCGAGCAAAGCCCACGGCCACAAUGCGGAGACGAGCAAGAGGGUGCUGAAGGUUCGCAGCAUGGUGGAGAGCCUCAGCGUGCCUUUGGUGGCCGAUGCUGAGGAGGAGGCCGAGCUGGACAGCCCAGGCACCCUGAGGCGCGGCCUGAGGUCCACGUCGUACCGCCGGGCCGUGGUGAGUGGCGUGGACUUCGACAGCUCUGCUAACUUUAAGAAGAAGAACAGAAUGUCCCAGCCUAUACUUAAAGCAGUUGUUGAAGAUAAAGAGAAGUUUUCGAGCCUGGGGAGGAUAAAGAAGAAAGUGCUGAAAGGACAAGGGACGUUUGAUGGGGAAGAAAAUGCUGUAUUGUAUCAGAACUAUAAAGAAAAAGCUCUGGACAUAGAUUCUGAUGAAGAGUCAGAGCCCCGAGAGCAGAAAUCGGAUGAAAAGGUUGUUUUUCACUACAAGCCCCUGAGAUCUACAUGGAGUCAGCUGUCUGUUGUGAAGAAAAACGGGUUAUCGGAAGCGAUCAGUCAGGAGGAAAGGAAGAGACAAGAGGCAAUAUUUGAAGUGAUAUCAUCUGAGCAUUCUUACUUGCUGAGCUUGGAGAUUCUGAUCCGGAUGUUUAAGAAUUCCAGGGAGCUGAGCCUCACAAUGACCAAAACAGAGAGCCAUCACCUUUUCUCCAACAUCACGGAUGUUUACGAAGCCAGCAAGAAGUUCUUUAAAGAACUUGAAGCAAGACAUCAGAACAACAUCUUCAUUGACGACAUCAGUGACAUAGUUGAGAAGCAUACCUCCUCAACCUUUGACCCAUAUGUCAAGUACUGCACCAAUGAGGUCUAUCAGCAGCGGACACUGCAGAAACUACUAGCCACAAAUCCAGCAUUUAAAGAGGUGCUCUCACGGAUCGAGGCCCAUGAAGACUGCCGGAACUUACCCAUGAUCUCUUUCCUCAUUCUUCCCAUGCAGAGGGUGACUCGUCUUCCCUUGCUGAUGGAUACCAUUUGUCAGAAAACCCCUAAGGAUUCAUCAAAAUACGAGAACUGCAAGCGAGCUCUGAAGGAAGUGAGCAAGCUGGUGCGCCUAUGCAACGAAGGUGCUCGGAAGAUGGAGAGGACAGAGAUGAUGUACACCAUCAACUCACAGCUGGAAUUUAAAAUCAAGCCGUUUCCACUGGUCUCCUCUUCUCGGUGGUUGGUGAAAAGGGGCGAAUUAACAGCCUAUGUAGAAGACAUGGGGCUCUUUUCCAAAAGGACUUCUAAGCAGCAGGUGUACUUCUUCCUCUUUAAUGACGUCCUCAUCAUCACCAAGAAGAAGAGCGAGGAGAGCUACAACGUGACGGACUACGCUCUGCGGGAGCAGCUGGAGGUGCAGCCCUGCGCCAGCGAGGAGCCGGCAGCCUCUCCCCUGAAGGGCCCGUCGGCUGCGCUGUACUCGCGCCAGAGCGCUGCCGCUCACCUCUUCAGGCUCACGGCCCUCAGCAACCACGCAGGAGACAAGGUGGAGAUGCUCCUGGGAGCAGAGACGCAGAGCGACAGAGCCCGAUGGAUCACGGCGCUGGGACGGGACCGGGAGCGGCAGGAGACGGACAGGACGACCUUGACUCAGGUAGAGAUCAUCAGAACCUACACAGCCAAGCAGUCAGAUGAACUGUCUCUUCAGGUCGCCGAUGUUGUGUUGGUUUAUCAGGAGGUUCCUGAUGGCUGGUCGGAGGGGGAGCGGCUGCGGGACGGCGAGCGGGGCUGGUUCCCGCGGGACUGUGCCCGGGAGAUCACGUGCCGUGCCACCCUGGACAAGAACAUGGAGCGCAUGGGGCGGCUGCUGGGCCUCGAGACCAACGUGUAGGCCGCGGGUGCUGCGUCAGGCAUUCGCAGCGGCUGCUGGCACCAGGGCACGGGGGCGCUGCUGCGGCCAGGCUUGGAGUCACCAGCACCAGGCAGCGGCUAGGCCUGGAGAGAGCACCGAGGUUUUGGAUACUCACCCCUCUUUGGCUUCUGUGUGUGAGCUCUGCACUGAGGCGUGGCUCAGCCAGCAGCACUCAGCCGUGGGCCCUGGAGAUGGGCCGUGUGUGUGUUUGGACUCAAGUCUCAGUUUCAGCUCCAGUUCCUGCCUUCGGCCUCUUCACGUGUUCUCCCUGAUUUUGAGCGUCUGACACUUCCAGCAGCAGCAGCAGCAUGUGUCACAGCCUGUGCACCACAACCUCACCCCUGGAGCUGGAGAUGAGGGAGGAGCAGUUGGAGUUCCAGGUAAGAAGCUGCAGCCUGAUGUCCCCUGUACCAGUUAAUGGGAUGCAGCUGUGUCCAGAUCUGUGUAACAUCACCCAGAGUAACCCUGCAGGCCCAAGCCAGGAGGGGCCAGGCUUUGUAACAUGGAGUUAGUGGCCAGUGGAUGUGAGCAAAGCAACCUGAGCUCCAGGUCAGAGCCAGAGGUGUCCCCAGGGCUGAUGGGCUCUCAGUCGGUGUGUUACUCAGGGAGGCAGCUCAGACUUUGACUGCUGCAGCAGGUACAGGGUUUGUGAAGGGAAGACAGAGCUGCCAGCCUCUGGCCAGAACAAGCUGUUGGUUAUCUGUGUCUCAGAUCCACUUUGAACAGGUCUUUGGGAGUGAACUGCUGGAAGCAUGUCUGUGUUCCUCAGGUGUUGACCUUGCUCCUCACAUUCAGCUGGUGCCUCCCAGGAGGGGUGUGAGGAUGCAGAAAACAUGACACACUGUGUUCUGGGGUGGGAGUAGGGUCCUGGCUUGGUGGGGUGGGACUUUUUUGUCAGUUUUUUAGUCUUUCUCCUCUCCUGGACUAGAGGAGAUUGAUUAUUUCCUUCUGUGGAGGCAAAAAAUUGAACUGCAAGUCAGUUUACCUGCAUUGUUAGUGCCUAUUAGCAUCAUCUGGGGUCCACAGGCAGAAGAGGGAGAAGUGAGAGCUGUGGAGUUUGUGAAGGUGCCAGGUCCCCUCAGCUCCACUGCACUGCUCCAGACUCAGACAGUACUGAGGAAGGGUGGGAAGCAGCUGCCUCAGCACAGAUUAACAGGGUCUCUUUGUGAGCUUUGCCUGGCACAGAGGGACUGGGUGUCAGGAGCUGCCUCGGGCAAGAAUGGAGGAGAAGGCAGAUGAGGAUCAUUAACAGUGCAGGGGUUGUGCUGGCAGAGGGGCUGCACUGAGGUGCUGCUCUGUGCAGGAGGCUGCUCACAGCUGCACUACACACAGCACCUGCAGAAGCUGUGCAGCUGCAGUCCAGCCUCAGAAGGGCACAGAAACAACCAGACACGCAGUGAAGGGCAGGGCCUCUGCUCUGGGCACAGGGCAGUAUGAAAUCCUCACCUUUGGAGGGAGCAGUGGAGAGCUCAGCAGGGUAGAAACAAUUGUGGGGGGAAAAGUGAAGUCCAAGUUCCUGUGGCAAUCUCUGUCUGUUGUAAAGGGGCUGGGUGGGACUGUAGAGCCUGUGAAGUGGGGUGGGGAAGGAAUUGGAUGUUUAUGAAGGUGAAGCUGUGAAACAACGUCAAAUGUAUGGGAGAGGCAGCAAUUGUACAGAGAAGCCCUGAGCCUGAGAGGCUGAGCAUGUGGCUGCAGCCUGGGACGGGAUUCUUAUCAAUGGAUUGAGAAAAGAGUAAUGAGAAACUGUAAAUGGAGCACAGAGUUAUUUAACAUAGAAGAAACCUGCUAAUAUUGUACCAAAUGUUAUUGAGCACAGAUGUUUAAUGGAAUGUAGAAAUACAUCCUGCCAGGAACUGUAUAGAGAUGUCUAAUGCCUUGUACAGAUGGUGCAGAACUAACUCUGUGCAGAGAUGCCCAGAGGGUUUUUUAAGGGUUUUCCAUGUUUCUUAUUGUUGGACACAGUUCCUCUGGAAUGAGAGACCGCUAUGAUUAGAGAAGCAAUAAAGGAAAUGAUGUCUGAUGUCUACUGUUCACACA